AUGUCCAGAUUCACUUUAUCUUUUGGUAACAUUGCUUCGCCAGCUACAGCUUUCAGGAGGGUCUUUGCUACCGCCCAACAAACGCAUACCGCCUUUGUUCAAUCAAUUUAUAGGAGAAUCCACGAAGUGUCCAGUUCCCUAGGCUCUUUAUUCAGAACAGGGUUCUUGUCCUUGGAAGGGUACAAUGCCCAAGAAAUGAGUUUCUCCAGGCCCCUGUUUCUCAGAAACACUCAAAUGUUGACUUUGUUUAGGCGUUCUGCCCGGGAAGAGCCUCUUUUUGUUGAACCUCAAAGAAUGGCUGUUUCAGAAGAACAGUUUGAGAAACAGAUGGAUGAGUUGGUGGAGAAAUUGGGAAGGCUUUGUUUGGAGGAGCCGGAGGAGCCGAAGGCUUCGAGGGCUCCAAAUGCUCAAAAAGAGCUUGACUCUUCAAAGUCCCUAGAAACUUCAAAGUCUAUAAAGUCUUCUUCCUGGCAAACGGUCAAAAAAGGGCUGUCCAAGAGGAAACUGGAAAAACCGUCUUUAACCAACCCCACAGUCAUUCCUGGUAUGCUUCAGAAUUUAAAGAAACUGCUGAAGAAACAAGGGAAAGUGAAGCUGGGAGAACCUAUUUUCGAUACCAGCAAGCACAAGAAGGUGAACAUCUAUGAUUGUCUUGUGGAAGAAACGUAA